CUACCGUUCCCGUUCCAAUCGUCGCGUCCAGUUCGCAGUCGCUUUCGUUUCGACCCAAUGUCCGCGUAAACUUUUUCCAUUUUUUGGGGGUUUUUGUACUUAAACUACAUAUUAUAUGUAUGUCUGUCUUCAGGGUCGGUCUGGCGCACUUUUAUCGUUUCAAUUGUUUGUGCUGUGGUUGUGUGUGUUUCUAUUGUUUGUAGAAGGGGGUAAGCGGCACGCCAAGCCGGGCCUGUGAGUGAAUAAAGCCAGCUACCAACAACGAAAAUAGUGUAAUACUAGUAUUAGUACUUUAUUGAAACUGAGAAGCCGUUUCGAUCGUUUCUGCGGAUUUAUUUGGAUAACUCACACAUCACACGCAGCAUACAACAAAUUGUCAAUUAAAUAAUAAAUUAUCAUACAUAGCUCAAAUUCAAUGAAGAAAUGAAUUUGUUGGAGCAACAAGUCCAUUAAUAAAUCAAUGAAUCGAGCAUUAAAUUAAAGGAACGACAUUUGGGGCCCAGUUUCGAGUGAAAUAUUUGGUGACGCCUUAGCCAGGCACAUGGCCAGUCUGUUCGAAAGGAGGACAGCAUUUUAACCGUUAUUGCCACGUUUUAAUCGCGCCGGAACGGAUAAGCCAGAGGGUGCAGGAGGCAUAGGAAGAGAGUAAGUAGAGGAGGCAAGCCACAGCCAGAGCCACAGCCACAGCCACAGCCAUGGGAAACUCAUCGUCACACACACACGAACCACUCGAGCGCGGCUUCACACGCGGAAAAUUCGGUGAUGUCAAGAAUGGGAAGUCGGCCUCAUUUCGAUUUAGCAAGAAAUCACCAAAGAAAAUGGAUCGUCUGCGACGUUCGUUUCGGGACUCGUUUCGUCGCCGAAAGGAUCGCGUCCCCGAAUCAUCCAAGCCACAUCAAUGGCAGGCCGAUGAGGAGGCUGUCCGUUCGGCAACCUGCUCCUUUGGGGUCAAAUACUUGGGAUGCGUCGAGGUUUUCGAGUCCCGUGGCAUGCAGGUGUGCGAGGAGGCGCUCAAGGUCCUCAGAAACUCUCGCCGACGCCCCGUGCGUGGUCUGCUCCAUGUGAGUGGGGAUGGGCUGCGCGUAGUCGAUGACGAAACCAAGGGCCUUAUUGUAGAUCAGACCAUUGAGAAGGUCAGUUUUUGUGCGCCGGAUCGCAACACUGAGCGCGGGUUCAGUUACAUUUGUCGCGAUGGCACCACCCGUCGUUGGAUGUGUCACGGCUUCCUGGCCUGUCGCGAUUCCGGCGAACGUCUCUCCCAUGCCGUCGGAUGCGCAUUCGCCGUCUGCUUGGAGCGGAAGCAGCGUCGCGACAAGGAGUGCGGCGUCACGAUGACAUUCGACACCAAGAAUUCGACCUUCACACGCACCGGAUCCUUCCGACAGCAGACGCUGACCGAACGGCUGGCAGUAGCCAGCAACGAGCGCAGUGUGGAUGCGCCCGCACUGCCCGCCGCCGCCGUAAAGCCGUACAAUCCGUUCGCCAUCGAACGGCCACAUGCAACUCCCAAUAUGCUCGAGCGGCAAGGCUCAUUUAGGCUGAGCACCAUUGGCAGUCAGUCGCCAUUCAAGCGGCAAAUGUCGCUUCGCGUCAACGAUCUUCCGUCCAAUGCUGAUCGGCAGAAGGCGUUCCUGGCGGCAGCCGCUGGCGGUACCUUUGGAGGCGGCAGCUCGCUGCAUACGCCGAUUCGCAGCGUCUCCCCCAUAGCCGAGGCAUCGCCGGGAAAGUCGUCGUCCGGGGAGCUGGGCGCCGACACAGUCAGUCAGUUGUGUCAGGAGCUGAGCCAGGGUCUGUCGCUGCUCUCGCAAACCGACGCCCUGCUUCCGACCGGCGACGAUUUGAAUUUCAACAACAACCAUAGCGUUAAUCAGAACAUCAUUGCCGCCGAAAAGCAACAACAGGUCGUCUCGUACAGCGCCACGCCAACCGCGCAGGUGACGCCGCGUAUUGCCAGAGUGUCGCCAAACAGUUGCAAUUACCAGACCCAGGCCUUGGCGUCGCCCACGCGCUCCGAGCAAGGCAUGGAGUUGGCCACUCUGCCCAAUGCCGACCAGUGGCUGGGCCAGGUGGUGCGCAGCACAUCGCCAGCGACGACAGCCCCCACUGUGCCGGCGCCACCGAAACGACCCACGUAUCUGGCCAAUGUGGGACGCUCCCAGACCUUCGCAGCCAGAGCCAGCGCCAGCGCCAGCUCCAAUUCUGAAUCUCAAUCUCCCGGCGGCGACGCAUCUGAUCCCUUCGAUGCCGAAUGGGCGGCCAACGUGGCAGCCGCCAAGCAACUGGCGUCUCCAAAACUUCCACAAGCACCAUCCCCAGCAUCCGCGCUUCCCAGGCACAGCACGAACCCGUUCAUCUCACCACCAAAGGCACCGGCGCAAACCUUCCAGGUGCAGCUGUAAGCUAGUGGGCUUGCGGCGGGGCGGGACUAAGUGUGGUUUACUUGAAAAACAUAACUUAUGGGAUUGUGCGGUCGAGGUUCGGGUUCGGAGCUAGUUCUCGAGCGGCUUAGUCCGAUUUUCACUAUAAAAUUGACAUGUGCAAUGAAAGAAGAGGAAUUACGAAUAAAAGACAAUGGGAAUUCGGCCCAGAAUGAAAUGAAAUUAUUAACUGAACGAUCGGUGACUGUGACUGCACGAAAAUAGUGAAAAUGGGGCUAGUAUGAUAGUCUCGCUUGAUCACAUUCUAAGGCUCCACGCGAGUUGCCGAGUAUCCCCGAGUAUCUGGGGCAUUUGGGCAAUGGGGCGUCUGCGUACACCUGUACUAACUAAUUAAGCUGAUAGCUCUUAAUAAGUUUCCAUAGCUUAAAUAAAUGAUUGGACCUAUGAACUACUUCAAACCGAACUGACACAACUUUUUAAAUUAUUAUACAUAGUAGAAAGUAAAGGAGGAUUGGGAGAGUAAUGGAAGGACGGGAACGGAGAUUGAGAUUGAAGUGGAGAUGGAGGUGGAGAUGGAGGUGGAGAUUUAACGGCCGACAAACACUUAACGGUGAACAUCACUAAUGUGAAAUUACUUACACACACACACAGAAGAUAAACACUUUUACAGUUACUUAAAGGCAUGCGCAACAAAGAUAGUUAACUAUGGAAAUAGGCUUAAUAUUGUUUACAACCCAUACAUAAAUACACACACACACACACAUAUACACAGAUCGAGAUCAAGUAACGCUAACUCUACGAAUAUAAGCUGUACCAGACUUAUGUAUCGCCUCCACCCCAGAGAGGGGGGGGAUGUUCUAAACAUGAUAUCGUGAUUUUAAACUUGAAACCUGCCUCUGGCUUACCUUUUUAUAUGCUUUAUUGUAAUAGUACGUGUUGACCAAACCAAUAUGCCCGCACACAUACGGAUAUUAUAGAGUAUCUGUGGCAGGAUGUCUGGGCCAAACACUUUCCUCGUGCGUUCCAUGUUUCGGCGUUUGUAUCAGUUUUAAUUUUAUUUUCAAUUUGUACAAAAUGUAUUAUACUUAAAUUAUAGUUUGACGCAAAGGAAGGAUCACGCUGAUCGAAAGCAAGCUAAACAAUUUAAAGUCUAACGAGCAUUACUGUUACAUAGAUAUCUAUACUAAGUACCAAUGCAAUGCGAGAAUAAUACACACACAGACACACACACACACACACAGAAGCGCUUGUAUAUACGAGUACUACUUAUAUAUAAACAUUAUACAAUAUUGUAGCAUAAAGGAGAUACAAGAAAUAUACAAUUUUGUGCUUUAUAAACA